AUGGCGUUCUCUGCAACAGAUAGAAGACUUGACCUCGUAAGCCAUGAAAUUAUUUACAUUCCGGUUGGAGAUUCACUGCACCAUCACAUUAAAGAUUUCAAAGAGAUCUUGACCAACAUGGGAAUCCCUGGAAUCAUGUCAUCAGAUAUACUAUUCAAAAUUGCAACUAAGGCGCGUGGCAUGGAUACUUGCAAUGGUGUAUUCUUGACUGUCGGAGUAGUGGAGACCGUCUAUCAAGAAAUUAGAAUUCAUGAUGAAGAAGAUGAUAUUUCUAGAGCUGAGAGGGAGUUAAUGGAGGUCGAGGCAAAGCCAAUCCCGGCCACCAAGUCAUCCAUUGAUGCAUUGGAAAGAGUGGUUUUUGACGGUUUGGUGUCGGCAAGAGAUUGCACUGUUUGUAUGGAAGAUAUUGAAGCAGGGAGUGAAGCAAUUCGGAUGCCGUGGUCGCAUAAAGUGGCUUCCAGGCAUAUAGAUGGAGAUAAUGAAGAAAGUAGGGAGUAA